AGAUGGAUACAGAAACUCUCCUUCAGGCCGUGUGCUCUGCGCAUUGUAGAAACUUGACCCACGUUUUGCACGCCUCUGAGCUGCUCUCCACUGCAGUUACAUUAUUCAAUAGUUGUGCCUCUUCUAUUGGUCCAUCCUGUCUUAUUGAUGACCUUACCAGAGAACUGCAAAGUGACAUCGCUGCAGAAUCUUUCUUCUUUCUAUUAGACGACCUGACAGAUUUGGAUAUCGUAGGGAUGGGGCCUGCGAAGAUUGGUAUGUGUCUUAUCUAUUUUCCUGCACUUCUUCAGUCAUCACAAGCUGAGCGUGUGGUGAAGAAUUUGUUGAGGGUUAUCGAGUUGUUUCAUCAGUCAAUACUAGGCCCCAAAAAUUUUCGAAAAUCAUGGAGAAAUGUACUAGCAUGUUUACAAAAUCUUUUAGAAACAGUGCCGAGUGAACCUUUAGCGCAAAGUAUUAACACCGUCAUCUCUAAAAUUGAGGGCGUAAUUUCCUGAAAUCUAAGUUCUGCUCAGAUUUGUGUACAUGUGAUUUCAUAUCUGCUCAAAA